UACACCUAUAAAGAAAAAACGUAUGUUAAAAAGUUUAUUAACGGACCAGUCGUAAGUUACUUACUUUUGCAAUAGGAUAAACACCGUUGUAAAACUUACGAAUGCCAGACGAACGCCAGCUACCGACGCAUCCAAAGUUCAUUCGCUGACCUUGUGCCGCAAACGAUAACGAAGCGCUCUCGUUGCUUCCGCCUUGCAAUUCCAUCGUUGAUUGCUCAAAUUUCAAGCAAUUUCAACGAUAGACAAAUUGUUCUGUAAAUCUGUGCCGUGUUGGCUUCGUCUGUAUUUAACAAAGAACGCGCGAGUACUUAUGCGCGGUUUUACCUGUGUUUUCAAUACUUUAACUAACGCGCGAACUGAUACCAUACAAAACUGAAAAUUUUAUAAACUGUGAAAAUUUGGCGAAUUGAUUUGAAUCGGCAACGCAUUUUGCAAAUGAAAGUGCGCGUGCGCGUUUCCGAAAAUCGCCGACGCUUGCCACCGCCAAGGAAAAGGAAAAUAAGCGUCAAGAAUACUCGAAAAGUAUCGCAUUUGUACAAAUCCUGAGUGGCUCAUAAGAAAAGAAACUGUCAAAACUACGGCGUAAUUUAAUCAAACAAACUCGAAGUUAUGAUCAAUGCUAAUGAAGUAAACGACAACAUAAAGUCGGAUGUUUUAUGGCAGAAAAUUCACGUUGAUCAAAAUGAACAUCUGCAUAUUUACGGGUUUGAGAAGAGUUUGGUAAAAACCAUUAUAACAUAUGUAUUGUACAUAUUAUCUAUCGGAUGGGUUAGAUUAUUAUUUCAUUGGUAUCCUCGUCUGCAUUUGUACGCAACUCAUCGAAAAUGUACUUUAAAUCGUGCAACAAAAAUACUCGCAGUAGAUGAUUAUCAAGGAAUAUACAAAUCAUAUUUUGUACGAGAUGUCCAGAAAAUUUCUACUAAAGAUCUAAGUGCGCAAAGUUUUGGAGCCACUAUUAUUGAUCAAGAUCUCAUGGAAAAAAUCAAGGACAAAAAAUUAAAAAUUAAUUUAGAAAACGGCACGCGCUGCGAGAUUUACGAAUACAAGGCUUUCUGGUGCAAAAAGAAAUGUUAUAUCUGGGACGUUACAAAACAUGCAUUUUCAAGACUCGUAGGACUUGAUAAUGGUACAUUAUGUUCUGAUUUUCAUCUCUCAUGCAAUAAUGGCUUGUCCAAGGAAGAGCAAUUGCUUAGACGUAUUGUAUACGGAAAUAACGACAUUGUCGUACAACUCCAGAGUAUCGGUGUAUUAUUAUUGUUGGAAGUUUUAAAUCCAUUUUAUAUUUUUCAAGUAUUUACCGUGGCACUAUGGCUUGCGGAAGACUAUCUAUAUUAUACUAUUGCGAUAAUAUUAAUGUCACUAUUUGGCAUAACAAGCACUAUAAUUCAGACGCGAAAGAAUCAAUUGAAUUUACGGGGUACUGUUGCAUCUUUAGAGAACGUACAUGUACGCGUACUUCGAAAUACUGGUAGUUUUGAGAAUAUUUCUAGCAAGGAAUUAGUGCCCGGUGAUGUUAUAGAAUUACCGAAGCAUCAAGCGACUCUCGUAUGCGAUGCGGUCUUAUUAACAGGACAGUGCAUACUAAACGAAUCCAUGCUAACUGGCGAAUCUGUACCAGUAAGAAAAACAUCGUUACCAUCACAUCACGUAUUAUAUGAUGCUAAAGAGUUUACGCAUCACACAUUAUAUAGUGGUACCACUAUAAUACAAACUAAAUAUCACGGAGACCGACCGGCUCUCGCAAGAGUGAUCAGAACUGGUUUUCUAACUAAUAGAGGUGGUUUAAUCGCCGCUAUAUUAUAUCCACCUCCGGCGGAUUUCAAAUUUGAUAAAGAUUCGUAUAAAUUUAUCGGAAUUUUGGCAUUUAUUGCAACUUUGGCUGUUAUAUACACCGUAAUAACCAAGGUUUCAAGAGGAAUUACAGCUAGCGAUGUAACAAUGAAGGCACUAGAUAUUAUCACGAUAGUCAUACCACCGGCGUUACCAGCCGCGAUGACUGUAGGAAAACUGUAUGCUCAAGCUAGAUUGAAACGUGCGCGGAUCUAUUGUAUUAAUAAUAAAGUUAUAAAUGCUUCCGGUAGUAUAAAUUGCGUAUGUUUUGAUAAGACAGGAACAUUAACCGAAGAUGGGUUGGAUAUGUGGGGUGUUGUACCAUGUACAAAUGGCGUUCUGGAUGAGACUGAGACGGAUAUAUCCAAACUUAGCGAUCAUCCUCUUUUCGAAGGGAUGCUAGUUUGUCAUAGUUUAACGCUUAUCAAUGGAAAACUUUGCGGAGAUCCUUUGGAUGUAAAGAUGUUUGAAAGUACUAAAUGGAUAUUAAAAGAAUCGGAUUGCUUGGACGAAAAUAAGUACGAUGCGAUAGCACCGGUAGUCGUAAAGCUACCGGAGAGUAAUUUUACAGAAAAUAUGAACGACAUCUCGGAAAUCGGUAUAAUACAACAAUAUCAAUUCUUGAGCUCUUUACAACGAAUGUCUGUGAUCGUACGUGUAUUAGGAACGGAUGAUUUUAAAGUUUACACAAAAGGCUCUCCUGAAAUGAUAAUCAAUUUAAGCAAAACGGAAACUGUACCUAGCAAUAUUUCCCUUGUUUUGGAGCGAUACACAAGACAGGGUUAUCGCGUAAUAGCUAUGGGUCGUCGAACGAUUUUUGAAAAUAGUACAGAGAUAUCGAAAUUGUCCCGGGAAGAAAUUGAGCGAGACUUGGAGUUUUUAGGACUAGUCAUUCUAGAAAACCGAUUAAAACAACCGACGGCAUCAGUGAUUAUGGAAUUAAGAGAAGCCAACAUACGCGUAGUGAUGAUUACGGGAGAUAAUAUCCAAACCGCAAUAAGUGUCGCGAAAGAGUGUGGAAUACUUUCGAUCGAGGAACAUAUUGUUGAUAUAACUGUAGCUUCGAGAGAAGGAGAGAAAGAUCGUCCAAAGAUAUUCUUCAAUGUUCAGUCUCAAUCUUCGGGAUUGAACUCGCGAGAUCAAGUGUUGACGACAUCAAUGAUCCAAGAUGUAGAACGCGGUAUAGUUAAUUGUAAUUACAGAUUCGCUUUAACGGGUCAAACGUGGCAAGUGUUGCGGGAACAUUAUCCCGAUCUCGUAGAUCGCAUUUGCGUACGUGGUACAAUAUUCGCUAGAAUGAGCAGCGAUCAGAAGCAACAAUUGAUUAUGGAACUUAUGCGACUCGGUUAUUAUGUAGCCAUGUGCGGAGAUGGUGCUAACGAUUGUGGAGCACUAAGGACUGCGCAUGUUGGUAUAUCGCUCUCCGAAGCAGAAUCCAGCGUAGCCAGUCCCUUCACUUCAAGAAUAUCCGAUAUAAGCUGCGUCCCAAAAGUAAUAAGAGAAGGGCGCGCCGCCUUGAUCACGUCGUUUGGAAUUUUUAAAUUUAUGGUCGGGUAUUCUCUUACCGAAUUUCUAUCCGUCAUAAUAUUAUACUCCAUAGACUCAAAUCUGACGGAUUUACAAUUUCUGUUUAUCGAUAUUUGUUUAAUCGUUAACUUUGCUUUCUUUUUCGGCAAAACUCAUGCGUAUAAAAAGAAGUUAUCCAAGACGAAGCCAAUGACGAGUCUGAUAGGCUUUACUCCCCUUUUAUCUUUAACGAUACACAUGUUCGUGAUGAUAGUUUUUCAAGUAAUAGCAUAUCAUGCUGUUCGACAGUUUUCGUGGUUUACACCAUUUGUACCCAAUAGCAACACUAUUAGAUACACGUGUUAUGAAAACUAUUCAGUCUAUUGCGUUUCUAUAUUUCAAUACAUCACAAUGGCAAUUAUAUUUUCACGCGGAAAACCAUACAGACGCCCUAUUUACACGAACAGUCCAUUUAUGUUCUCCAUAUUUUUAUUAACGUUCAUUUGCGCGUACAUUACGGUUUAUCCGGCACACUGGAUAGUAGAUGCGUUACAAUUAAUGUUACCGCCUGUUUACGACUGGAGACUCAUUAUCUUAGCGCUCGCUAUAGCUAAUUUUCUCAUCUGUUUCUUCGUCGAAAGCAUUAUAAUAGAGCGCAUAAUCGAGAAUGCCUUGAAGAAAAGAAUGCAAAAACCAAACAAAUCGAAAAAACGAUACCUAAAAAUAGAAUAUGAAUUGAAGAAUUGUGAAAAUUGGCCUAAAUUCGAUAAACAAUUUCCAAUAUUAUUUACCCUGCAAAGGAAGGAUGUACAAAAUAAAUCGACGAAUAUUACACGUGACAAUCAUUGUCCGACUAAUAUUACGAGUAAUCGAAUGUCGAAUGAUUUUAGCAACUCGAUCCAAUUAUCACGUAAAACGAUCAGUAAGAAAAAUGCUUUCGAAAAUCUUGGCUUUGUAAGUGACCAAGUAUCGUAUACAUAAAGCGUCUAUUUUCGAGAGUAGACACUUUUUUAAUUAUUUUAAUUUUGUAUUAUUAAAAAGAAAAACUCAGUAUUAGCGUAAUAACGUAUACAUAUAUACGAUAUUAUGCAUAUUAUGAAUAUAUUUUGCAUAUUUUACGACAGUAUCUGCAUAAAAAUAUUGCAGAAUGUGUUACACACACACACACACACACACACACACACACACACACACACACAUAUAUAUAUAUCGCAUUAUUAACACGAAUCGAAAAAGAAAUCUAAUGUUUUCAAAGAAAAAAAAACUGAUACAUUUAUA